GAAUUUUGCGCGUCAACAUUUCUGUUUCGGUUACUUGAGCUGUCUAUAUAUUUAUAUUUUGUCUAUUAACUGCGGUACCACAUAUAUAAGAUUGUUUUUCUUCGGGGGAAAAGUAAAUUCCUCGUCGAUAACAUUUGGUGAAUGAAAAUUGUCAUAAAUUGAUUAACAAUGCAGACUGACCACGAAAAGAGAUUACGUUUUGGAAGGGUGAUUCCUUGUCAUGUCGGAGGUUCAGUACAUGAACACAGGGAUCGCAAUGAAGUGUUGGCCUGUAUAGAAAGACAUGAGGAACACAAAAUUACAAAGCUUACUUUGCAAAUGUUAAUCACUGAAGGGAAGAAAGAAAAGGGUUGUGCUGCUGACGAGGCGAGGGCAUCCGCUGAAUUAGCAAGGGGUUACGCUGAGAAAGCUAGGGCGGCUGCUGCAAAGGAAAUAACAAAAGCCGAGUAUGCAAAGACAAAUAAUGAGGAGGCUAAGACAAAGAAUGAGGAGGCUAAGGCAAAGGUUGAGGAGGCUAAGGCAAAGGUUGAAGAAGAUAAAAACAAAAGAAUUUUUGAACUAUUGAAAUACAGCGGCAGUGUCGGCAUGAAUAACAUACGAAUGAUACUUGACCACGAAAUAGCGUCAAUGGCUACAGCGUCUGAUCCACAUUUACGCAUGAACACAUUGGCAGAUAGAGUUCCAGCGGUCACCAGUAGCGAUGAACUUGUUUAAAUAGUUCUAAUCAUGCUUAGAUGAGAUAGAGAUAAUAUAUCUCGCUCAUAUAAAGUGUGGUGAUUCAAUGUUUUAUUUUAAUGACGAAUUUGACACACAAGAAAUACAUUGUAUACCUUUCAAUGAAAGUAUAAAGUCAUUGAUUAUAUAUAAUAAAGUAAAUUUGCUCCAAUGAUAUAGAACCCGUCGACAGUAUAUCAAAAUUCGGGAAAUCAGUCAAUGUCUGUUAUUUUAGUGUGUAUGUGUAUAUAUAAAUAUUUUUGCUGAUUAAAAACAUGUGGAAUGGUCGGUCACUUGCGGAGAAAUUGAAUAUUAUAAUAAUUAGUUUUCCAGGAAAGUCAUUGAAACUCAUGUUCGGCCAUACUCGGCAGUUUACCCACCUAACUGGCUUUUCAGCAUAACUUUUCGGUAAAUGUAAUUUUCUCGGUAAUUUAAUGACUACGUAUUGAGGAAGAUUUUUGAGUCAUCGGUGUGAGAUCGCCAGGAUUAAAAAUGUCUUGAAGCUGGUGUAUUGAAAAUCUAAUAUGUUUUUAUAUGAUAUUUAAUCAUAAAAUACUAAAACAAAAUUACUUACUAGGUAAAUGUUUUACCUCAUUUAAUUACUAGUAUGAUUUUCGUUUUUUUUUUUUUUUUCAAUGUUUUUCUUUUUGCAAAUAUGCACGGUAUAUGAACCCGUAAUAGGAUGUGUGAAGCAAAAUUCAAUGGUACUAUUAUUUUCAUGCUUAUAGAUAGACAUUUAAUCAUACAACAAACGAGAUAAGUACUCAUUUCUUUAAAAAAUGAUUUUUUUUUUAUUUUUGAUUUUAUUUUUAUUAUUUUUUCUUUUGAUAUUUACACCAUUUUUAGUUUGUUUUGCUCUAUCAAGACGGCAAUGUUCACUCUAUUUAAAAGAGAUAAACUGAAAUAAUGAGGUAUGGUUGAGAAAUUAAAUUCGAAGUUACUUCGAGAUUUGGUGAUUUAUGCGUAUGCACGACUCACCACCCGAUAUUCCAUCUGCUUUUUCUGAAGAACACCUGCUACACUUUGUGUCAUUUUGCUCCUCUUAACAGUAACAAAUUUUUGCGCUUAUUUAGCAACAAUCUCCCACCACAAAAUUAAGAUUAGGAAACUUCGAGUGGGUAUCACGCUUACUCGCUCACAAAUGUUACUUUCUUUUUUAAUCAAUGAGUAGCUUGUGUAUCGUUUUCUGUUUAUUAUUGGUAUAUUGUAUCCUCUGUGUUUUGUUGUAUUUAGUUAUUUAGUAUUUGCCGAACUGUUUUCUUUUUUUCCAUAGUGUGGUAGUGUUAUUGUAAAUAUAGUCUGUUUCGUAAAAGAGGUCACUGCAAGUUGAAAGGUUAUAUGAAUGUGUUCACUUACAUUUCAAGUGCAUGACCCUAAAAUGUCUUCUUGCUGAAGUAAAAUAUUUCGCCUUGCCAGUUCCAUAUAGUAAGAGUAACCGAUAACAUUAUUUACAGUAAAGUUGUGUUACAUGUAUAUUAGUCGUUACUUAAUAGUAAACUUGAACAUCCUUUAUUAAAAGUUCUUGCAUGGUGAUCCUGGUAAGAAUUUAUAUAUUUGUGAUGUCAAAUUCUUUUCCAUUGAUGAAUUGGAUAAAAUGUGUAAUUUUAUUGUUCUGUAAAUCUCUUAUUUGUAAUUUUCUUUGUAUUUAGUUUGAAGGCUCGUUUUUAUAUGUCUAAUAAUA